GUGUUGACCUGGAUAUCGCAUUGUCUGCCAACUGCCAACUUUACCCAAGGAGUGGAAGAUCGCCGCGAUCCGACGUGCGACGGAAAUACCUCCUGCCAUUAUCUCAACCUCACGAAUACACCUUGCCCUCGUGUUCUUGGAUUUAGUAUCGACUACACGGUGUUUGAAAUUGAACGAAAAUGAUUCGGGACGAACCACCAACAUAGUGAUACGUGAAUCUUUAUUACUUCCCAGUAGAGGCCUGGCUAGAGCACUAAUCCAGGAGAUGUCCACAGUGUUGGACUCCAGAUGAGAAGAGGAUCAUCGACAUAACUGGAAUAACAAGUGGUUGUAGAUGACUCCAGCAGAACAUGCAGAUACAUGCAGACCAUCAGUACAUGUAUGAUGCUACAACAAGGCUUACGACUUACACCUGCCACUAGAACUUCUUGAUGUGCUGUUUACCAAAGGAGGAAACCAAUGUCCCUGCAACAUCGCUGGAUCUUGCUUGUAAAAGCACAAUGCAUAUUACUGCUGUCUCUACAGUAUGUGUAUAUAACACACUGCCAGGAGGCAAAGACAAGUCCCUCAGGUACUUCUGUCAAGGAUGUGGGUGUGACUGGGGCUUCCAAUAUGUCUCCAAUGGAUACAAGCCCUGCCUCAGUGUCACGUGACUCAGGGACUGAUGCUGUCAAUCAAACUUCCACAGGAUCUCCGGCGUCGAUGACAGUUGACAUACAGCCGACUCCGUCAGCUUCACUGUUAACAGACAUUCCCAGUUUGCAAGCAGGGGAGACAACUCCCGUCCUCCCUAGUCCCAAUAGUGCUGUGUUACCUCCCUUGUCUACAGUGCUGCAGUCCCCUAAACCCCUGCAUAACACAGUUCACGAAAAUUUCCAAGAAAGUAUUAGCUCAAUUUCGACUGACUCUGACUUUGUGCAAGGAGGCACAGAGCUCAUAUGGACUGAUAAUGUUGCCAUAGUGACUACAAGUGUGUCCGAGUCCGUAUUCUACUCAGAUCUCAUUCACAUUCAUGUAACAUCAUCAUCUAAUGUGGAAUUAUCCGCCACUACUGUUAUGCCAACAGCGUCAAUAUCAGCCUCAUCUUCACCAUCGUCUUCAGCUACCAUUCCAUCCACAGAACCCAAUGUUUCCAAUGAAACAUCAUCUGGUUCUGUUACGUUAUCAAGCACAUCUUCAGUCACAUCAAAUUCAUCCUCCUCCCCGACUUCAUCACCUGUGGGCUCCAGCUCAAGGGACACAACCCCGGGAAAACCUGUGAACACAACGAAGCUCCCAACAAACAGCUCCAACACCCCAGGAGAAGGGGACCGACUCCACAAGGGGCAAGACGAGGGUGCCCUCAACACCCCAGCUAUUAUUGGGAUAGGGUUUGGGGCAGCCGCUACAGCUCUUGUGGUUAUAGGUUUGAUCUUACUGCUGCUCAAGAGGAAGGCUUAUCGAGGGAACAAGCACAAUUCCUCCAACUUCUGGGAUGAUAAUGUUACACUGAGCUACAUCAAUUCACAUGCGGAAUUCCCAAAGGACUAUGAUGCAGAAAUGAUGUCACUGGAUGAUGAUUCCUUCCUGAACAGCUUAGACAGUAUGACGUUUGCAAAUCUCUGGGCAGCCGAUACGGCCAAACAUACAAACUUUUGACCUUGACUUUCAAAAGUGUGUUUCUGUUAUGUCAAGGUCAUGUCAUUGUCCAAGGUCAACGCUGCUGGCCAUGUGUGGAUCUGCAUGAGCUGUUUUGUUAAACAAAACUUUUUGAAUGCAAAGAUUAUGCAAAGUUUAAAUGAUGGUAUUAAAGGUAAGAUUGUCAUGCCUUUAUUUAAAUUAACCUUUUGGUUCCCUAAUACAAAAGCGCAAUAUAGAAUUAUUCAUUGCAUGAAAUGUCAAGGCUAUGUUAUCAUCAACAAAUAUCUCAA